AUGAAGCGCUCAAUAUAUUGGCUCGUCCUCCUCCCCAUAUAUCCGGCUCUAUUCCUCGCCGCAGGCUGCUCAGCUCAUUCAGUCUCUGGAAAGUUCACGCGACCCCGUACCAUUAUCUUCGAUACGAAUGGAGCGCUCCUGAUUCUUCAACAGAAAGCGAGUAUUGCACAUGUAAAGUGGACCGAUGAACUCGAGCAAUAUACAUCCACGGAACUACACAGUAGCUACUAG